AUGGUUACAAAGUACCACGCUGUGACUCGAGGCAAAAGGCCUGGCUUGUACAACUCCUUUGAAGAGGCAAAACAGCAAGUCAUCGACUUUCCAGGCUCCCAGGUCGAAACAUGCAAUAACCUGAAGUCUGCCGUAGAGCAUAUGCUCAACGUCGGCCGUGUACCAGAUGAUGACAUACGAGUAUUCAAUCGCGCCUUCAUAGAGCAGGGCAGCUUCAAACCGCAGCCGUCUAAUUCGUUCAAGCAAGAACUUGGCGCAUUUGCAAGCUCCCAACGGCUCAAAGGAAAGAAACGGAACAAAGCCUUUGUCGAUGCGAUUCACCACAAGAUUAUAUAUCAUUACCUUCCCGAAGGCCUCCAUCAUUGGCAAGAGUGUAAACAGAAAGGCAAGAGGGUACACAGCCUCAUCCAAGAGUGUAUAGACGAACUAAAACGUCCACCGUACGUCAACAUUGUGGAUUUUGUUGAUGUGUACCGUACGGGAGAAACAAUCAGAACCUUCUCGGAUCCACUCAUUUUCCGCGACUACAAAAGGCAAAACCCAAUUCCUCUAGAUCACGCAAAGAAGAGCGAAUUCUUACGCCCUUUCCUGCAGGAUUUGAGACAACUACCGUCUAAACCACACCGAGGCCAUCAGAGCAAUGGUUCGCGACAAGAACCUUGGACGCGGAAAGAUUCAGCUUUGCUUCUAUCACCUCGUCCUGGGAACGAGUUCGUUAAACCAGAAAUCUCCAACGACCCAUACAUGGUUCCUCCCGUCAGCAAUUACCAAUGCAGUCUUGAGCCCUCUCCACUGAACCCAUCACCAUCAGAGUUCAGCUCUUCGUCGAAGGAAGUCGACGAAGCUACACCAUCUUCAGUGUCAACUUCUGUAACAUCGUCUCCAAGCCAUGACUCCGAAGAACUCUCUGCCAACGUCAAACCCGAGCCUACUUCUCCAACGCCCGCUCGAAAGCUAGACUACGAUUAUGAUGCAUUUUUCCUAGACGACAAAGAGAUAGCCACUCAACUCUCACAGCAGCCCUCAAAAGCGCAAGUCGGAGAGGAGAGAUUGGAGGAUAUAGAGGAUAUGUUCCUAAACGAUGAGGAAGUUUCCACUCAGUUGACGCAGGAGUGGGACGAUACAGGCCAGGAAGAAAACUCACGCACCAAAACAACUGGCAAAAGAGAGCAGAGCAUGGUUUCUGAUUUGACCGAUACAGUCGAGCGUCCAAUCAAGAUGCUUAAGACACACGGGCGAAGCUCUGUUCCAGCCAUGUCAUCCUGUCGAUUGCAACCAGACGACCUCGCAAUGAACACAGCAGACGCAAGCGGCCUCCGCGAAUACUACUUUCCCGAGAACCUUCACCUGUAUUAUUAA